AUGGAGGUGACAAUGGGGACACUGGCGGUGGCCCUGGGGACGCUGCUGCUGCUGGGGGGCCCCGCCGCGCCCCUCCCUGUCCCCGAGCCUUGGGGACAGGCGGUGACGUCACUGCUGCAGUCGCUGCUGCCCGCGGGGACAGCGCGGGGACACGAGGGGACAGCGCGGGGACACGAGGGGACAGCGCGGCCCCAGGGCCUCGGGACGUGGCUCCAGGGCUUGGGGACGUGGCUCCAGCGACACCCGGGGCGUCCCCAAGAGCCGCGGGGACCUUGGGGACACCCCCGAGCCCCGGCGGGGGCCUGGGGACGUCCCCAAGGAGCGGGGACGUGUCCCCAAGAGGAGGGGACAGCGGGGACGCGUCCCCAGGGACAGGGGACAGCGGGGACAGGUCCCCAAGGGCCACUCCCGCCUGUCCCGGGACAGGCGACACGUCCCCAGGAGGAGGGGACACGUCCCCAGUGGCCGCUGCCACCUCCCCCGGCACAGGGGACAGGUCCCCAAGGGGAGGGGACAGGUCCCCAAGGGGAGGGGACACGUCCCCAGGGCCACCCCCCCCGGCAGGAGUGGCCGGGGGUGGCGCCCCUCGGGGACAUCGGGAGCCGCGACACGUCCAGGGACAGCGAGGACAGCGCCAGCCGCGGUUGGGGACACUCGGAGGAGCUGCGGGAGCCGCUGUAGCGCCGCGGAUGUCGCCGUGUCACCGUGUCACCAUGUCACCAUUCCCGUGUCACCAGUGCCACCAUUCCCGUGCCACCAUUCCCGUGUCACCGUCGCCGUGUCACCGUCCCCGUGUCACCAGUGCCACCAUCCCCGUGUCACCAUUCCCGUGUCACCAGUGUCACCAUUCCCGUGUCACCAGUGCCACCAUUCCCGUGCCACCAUUCCCGUGUCACCGUCGCCGUGUCACCGUCCCCGUGUCACCAGUGCCACCAUUCCCGUGCCACCAUCCCCGUGUCACCGUCACCGUGUCACCAGUGCCACCAUUUCCGUGUCACCGUCCCCGUGUCACCAGUGCCACCAUUCCCGUGUCACCAUCGCCGUGUCACCGUCACCGUGUCACCAGUGUCACUGUCCCCGUGUCACCGUCGCCGUGCCACCAUCCCCGUGUCACCAUUCCCGUGUCACCAUUCCCGUGUCACCAGUGCCACCAUUCCCAUGUCACCGGUGCCACCAUCCCCGUGUCACCAUCCCCGUGUCGCCAUCCCCGCGUCCCCCCCGGUGCCACCCUCUCCCUGCCACCAUUCCCCGCCCUGUCCCCGUGUCCCGUCCCGCUGUCCCCGCCCUGUCCCCAAAUAAAGGCGAAGCAGCAGCGGCGUCCCCGCCCUCGUCGUC